AUGGGAGGCACGGGUGAGAAACAAUGGGAGGUACGGGUGAGAAACAAUGGGAGGCACGGCGCCGUGGACAUAAGGGGAGACUGCUGCACGUCGGGUCUGAGGGACGACAUGGGGGUGUGCUGCCCCUCUGCCCGCCUGGAUGCGUGCGGGCGAUGCGAUGGGGACGGCACUUCCUGCGCGCUCCUCGCCACUGUUGCCAUGCGGGUACCAUUCUCGCAAUCAGUGGCCUCGCAUGCUCUCGAGCUUGCGUCCAGCACAGUCCAUCCCAGCUUGAAUGAUUCUGGCUCUCUCAACAGCAGCACAGAUGGCGACACAGGCAAUACAAGAGCAGGUGACAGUGCAGGCAGUACCAGCAACCAUCACUUCAGCGCCUUUGCUUCCGCCUUCACCAAUGGGAUGGCUGAGAUCCUGGACGUGCUGCCACAAGCCAUCUCUUUUCUCUCAGUCACACCAGCACCAUGCCUGCCGGACCUCUCAGGAGCUGCGGUUCCAAGUCAGCUCUCCUCGGCCACCGAACCUCACUCCGAGGCUGGGCAGCAGAGGUCUGGGGCGGAGCAAUCGGACCAUGCGUGGCAGUGGGAGGGGGGGGUGUCUCUGGUGCUUCCUUCCUCUCGCUGCUCUCAUCAACCCGCCUCGGCAUCUGUGGAAACAACAUCUGUGAGACUGGAGAGCGGUGCUCCCAGUCCACUCCUGAUGAUGGCCAUGGGAGAAACACUGCAUGCUCUGGGUUUGGUCGGUGCCUCGACUUCACAGGCACAUGUGACUGCUUCUGGGGUCAUGUUGGUGACGAUUGCUCCCAGUGUGCCGCUGGAUGGGCAAUGUCACAGGUAA